UGGGCUCCAUUACCUUUCCACCUGAUGAUUUCUCAAGUUUUUUUGUUUCUAUUUUGCUUUGUGACAGCCAUCUGAAUGAAGUAAAGAUGGCUCCAGAGAAGGAAAGUAACGGGCUGGACAACUUCGCAUUUUCACUCGAAGGGGGCUUCUGUGACCUACCUGAAGCAAAACAUGGAGAAGGAAGUGAUACUUCCGUGGAUGAAGAGCGCAGCAAGUUGGCCUACUGCGUAACAGACGUACCACCUUGGUACUUGUGUAUCCUUCUUGGUAUUCAGCACUGCUUGACGGCGUUUGGAGGUAUUAUUGCCAUCCCAUUGAUCCUCUCACAAGGCUUGUGUCUUCAACAUGAUGCCCUCACACAAAGUCACCUCAUUAGCACCAUCUUCUUCGUGUCUGGAAUCUGCACUGUUCUGCAAGUCACAUUUGGCAUCCGACUUCCCAUUCUCCAAGGUGGGACGUUCACGUUGCUUGCACCAUCCAUGGCGAUGCUGUCCAUGCCGGAGUGGACAUGUCCUGCUUGGACACAGAACGCAAGCCUCGUCAAUACAUCUUCAAGUGAAUUCAUAGAAGUGUGGCAGACUAGAAUGAGAGCACUCCAGGGGUCCAUUAUGGUGGGCUCACUCUUACAGGUCUUUAUUGGUUUCUCUGGGCUCAUCGGCAUCUUCAUGCGUUUCAUUGGACCUCUCACCAUCGCCCCCACUAUCACUCUCAUUGGACUGUCUCUUUUUGACUCUGCUGGCGCCAGUGCAGGGAACCACUGGGGAAUUUCAACCUUAACCACUGUUCUGAUCAUCGUUUUCUCACAGUACCUUCGUCACAUUCCCGUGUCUUUCCCAACAUACAGCAAGGAUAAAAAACUACACUCCAGUCGUGUGUACAUCUUCCAGAUUCUUCCAGUUCUGCUCGGAAUCUCCUUGUCGUGGCUCCUGUGCUAUAUUUUAACAGUCUUCAGUGUACUUCCCUCUGAUCCGGGCCAGUAUGGCUACCUAGCUCGUACUGAUCUGAAAGGAGAUGUAGUGGGUAAAGCUCCUUGGGUCACACUUCCCUAUCCGGGUCAAUGGGGACUGCCCACUGUGAGUGUGGCGGGUGUGCUUGGCAUUUUUGCUGGUGUGAUUUCGUCAAUGAUAGAGUCUGUUGGGGAUUACCAUGCAUGUGCCAGGCUAUCGGGAGCUACGGCUCCACCUAAACAUGCCAUCAACAGGGGGAUUGGCAUGGAGGGACUGGGAUGUCUGCUGGCCGGAGCCUGGGGGACAGGAAAUGGUACCACCUCAUACAGCGAGAAUGUGGGAGCACUUGGCAUCACAAAGGUGGGCAGUCGUGUGGUGAUCAUCGCUGGGAGCAUUUUUAUGAUAAUUAUGGGCGUUUUUGGCAAAGUGGGAGCCAUAUUUGCGACAAUCCCAUCGCCCGUCAUAGGGGGGAUGUUCAUGGUUAUGUUUGGAGUCAUUUCUGCUGCAGGGAUUUCUAAUCUCCAGUAUUCAGAUUUGAACUCCUCUCGCAACAUCUUCGUUUUUGGUUUCUCCAUGUUCUCGGGUCUGGUCAUACCUAAUUGGGUAAUAAAGAACCCCACAUCUAUUUCAACAGGUGUGGCUGAGUUAGACCAGGUGCUGCAAGUUCUUCUUACAACCAGCAUGUUUGUUGGAGGCUUCUUUGGAUUCUUUCUAGACAACACAAUUCCAGGCACAAAGCAGGAACGAGGAAUCCUGGCUUGGAACAAAGCUCACGAGGACAGCUCCACCAACACACAGGAGUGCAGAGAAGUUUACGAUCUUCCUUUUGGCCUGAGCGCGUACCUGUCUUCUUGUCCCUGGACCCGUUACCUGCCAUUCUGCCCACCUUCUGUGCCCAAACCUCUUGAUGGAUGUGGAAAUGACGAUUCCAGUCGGGACCCAAAGAAUGCAGAUGGACAUUCAGAGCCUUCACAGAUUAUUAUUGGAGUCACUUUUUAAGUUAUUAACUCACGUCUGUAUCUUGUUUAGGGGAAAGAAAGAAAAUCUAUACAUGCAGUGUCAUGAGAGACGCCUGAACUUGAUCUAAGUUCACUGUGAAAGACAUGAUGUCGCUGUACUGCUCUUUAUUUUAUUUUAUUGAAGUCACGCUUAAUGAGUUGUUCAAAUAUUUAGGUUUUUUUUUCAGAAUUACACUCAUUUAUGUAGCUAUAUAUUAGAUGUUGCCAAAACAACUAUCAGACUACAAGCUAUAUAUUUGAUGUUCCCAAAACAACUAUCAGACUACAUUAGACUAUUUGAGCAAAAUGUUUACUAUAUUUUUAUGGUUUAUUUUGUUCAAAGGUGAGAAGAGAGAAUCAUUUACAACACCGCCACUAUGUAAAUAUGAACACGUGUAUAUAAUGUUUUAUUUAUCAUACAUUUUGAUUUUCAAGUCUUUACAGUAAGGUAAAAGCGCAUAGCUGUGCACAUAAUCACAGUGCAAUGUAUAAAAUCACCGGAUUUUUGUUAUUAUGUACAAGAUAAAAAUAUUCCAUCUUGAUUAAUUUACCAGUUUAGUAUCAGUAAUCGUCGUUCGACAAUUUUGUGUUUUGCUUUAGUCUCAUUGAUCAGCAUUUGCAAUUUAGAUGUAGACCACCAGAGGGAAUCGGUUAGCUACAUUACAAACCGCUGUAUGAUGACAAAGGUAUUGGGACAAUUGGAUCUUUGUCCAUUCAAGACCGGAGAGCAGGCCUGGCUCACCAUAUCUAAUUCAUCCCAAACGUCUUAAUGGGGUUGAGGUCAGGACUCUGUGGUUCUCACACAUAGAACUCAUCUGAGCAUGAUUCAAUGGACCUUGCUUCGUCUAUUGGAUCUUGGUAAAAUAUUUA